AUGGGUGUCGGUGGCAUGAUGGACUCUCAAGCUGAUGAAUGGUGUCCGACUUACCGCAACGAGACUCAUCAGUACGGAGUGCUAGAAAACGAAACGAGAAACAUGAAGGACAGGCAGGGCAGCGGUGUUUGUGUUGGGCUGCGCACGGCGAAAGCGUGUGUGGUCCAAGCGUCAGCUACGUAG